AUGGGCUGUUGUGGUGACCGUCACCGCGAUGAUGAUCUGAUUCACGUCAAGGCCGAGCAGAAAUGGGACUACAUCACUCUGACAGACUUCCGAUCGACCUCUUGCUUCACGUUCCUGUCGUACUGCAUUCUCUACCUCACCAUCAUUAAAUCGUUUGCCGUUUAUGGAGUCGACACUUUUACUGCUGUGAACCUGUUGGCGUUUUCGCGCUGGGCGUCUCAGAUUAAGCCAAAAAUCCCCUUUGGAAUUUCGAAAUGGAUCUUCUCCGGGUGCAUCAUUCUCUCCUUUGUCCUGCUGGCAUACCGUUGGAUCCGUGCCAUACGCGUAAUUAAAUCUGGCGGAGUUGCCCAGAGCUACCUUGACCCGAUCGCCGUUCGUGUUCAAAGUACUCGAAUGGGAAGCGAAGGGCAGGGUUUCCGCCGGUUCCUCGUCUUUGCAGAAUUGACUAAAAGUAAGAAAGGAGCUGACUACGUCGCCCUGUUCACUUACUUUAACUUUGAAUCCUGGCUGCGAGUUAUCUUUGCCGAAGGACCCCGCCAAGCUAUCAACGGAUUCACUCUUUAUUCUGUAAUGGAGCUGCGCCUGAUCCCGAUAGGAGAGAACGCUCCUUCUGACGGGACUCCGGCAGUGGUACAGUUCUUCAACAACGUCGAGGCGCUGGCCGAGAAGGACAAGCUCCAAGCGACCAUCUUAUUCGCCAUGCUUUUCACAUUCGUCAUCUGGGUCUUGUCGAUUUUGAGUUUAGCGUUAUCGCUGAUCAUGUACUUGCUGUUUCUGUGGCAUCAUAUCCCGAGUGAAGACGGUUCGCUCACGGCAUAUUGUCGACGGAAAAUUAACACGCGACUGGAGCGCAUUGUCAAAAGAAAGGUCGAUAGAGCUCUUGCCAAGGGUCUUGCUCUUCAGGAUCGGAAACGAACGGAUCUAGAGACAGGCGUCGAGACUAUCAAACAACAGCCGACGUUACCCACCUUUGACUAUGCGAGCAGCAACCUGUCAAGUGUGCCGCCUAUGCCAGGCCUUUCUCGACAGACCACGGCGACAACCCUGCCUCCAUACUCCAGAGCGCCCCCGUCCGGCAGCGGCGGGCAAUUUGGAAUGGACCGUCAGCCAACGCUGCCGGAUAUGAAAUGGGAAAAUCCACCGUUGCCCACGAGCACUCCCGGACCGGGCACUCGAACGUCUGACGAUACUGCAUCGCUCGUAAACAACGCUGGAGGAUUUGGGUAUACCGCGCCGCCCAGUGAAGCCUUGUCAUCGCCAACUGAACGAUACGGAACUCCUUUCUCUGCUUCGAUGAGUGACGUUUCUCUUCCCGGCGGCCGGGCUCGUCGAACUCCUGCCCCUUCCAUUGCCCCUUUCGUGGAUCCAUAUGGACGGGCUCCCCCAAGCCUGCCGACUCCAAGGCUGCCAACUCCGAGAACGCAGUCCCCGGCUCCACGAGAAGGCUAUAGUUUUGCAAGGCCACCCCCGCCAGCUACCACCGUCCCAGAGCGAUCCGUGACCGCUCCCAUACCAAGUGUCACUCCUUCGCCCAGUUCUUACCGCAAUUUCACUCGGCCAUGGCCAGCUCCCACCCAAGUUUCCGGGAAAUCCUCCAUGUCUCAAUAUUCAAACGCACUUCCCUCUCCGCGGCGAGUAGGAACUGCUCCGCCUUCUCAAGACUCGCUGCCGUACAAUCCUGGCCCCCGGUUUUGAUGCAGACUCGAUCGACUCAUACAAAAUUCAAACGCGGGAAAGCCUGUCUUGCGUGUGGGCGAAUAACCGUCUGCAUGUGUUCAAAUAAUACCUGACUCCUUUCUUUUUCUCCCCUCGCCCCCUUUUUUUUUCCCUUUUUUUUUUUUUUUUUUAUUUUCCGAAUAAAGUUAUGUACCGAUUCUUUUUAACGGCUUUCCAAGCGGAACAUGGAGAGGCAGGCUUCUUUAUUUUCCCACAGUAUGACUCGUGCUCUCUCUGCUUUCUGCCAUUCGAUCUUAUACCCCCCCUUUUUUUUGCUCCCCCUUUAUGAUUUCAGAUUCAGCAUCUCCUUUUUUUUCUUUCCCGUGUGUACUCAUGCCUAGUUUAUCGCGCAUCUUGCCAUCGAUUGAUUUACGCACCCCUUUUGUAACCUCUGCUGAUGAGGAGUCAUGGUUUCCGAUGUAAUUAAAAGAAAAUCUGCUUAACUUCUCCCUGUCUCCAGCAUGUUAUCUAUCUGCGGAUUUGCUCAGGAUAGUAAUGAAGAUGGUGUGUAAAUGUAA